AUGCGCGAGGAACAAAUUUCGAACGAUUCGUUGAUCAGUCGACGUUUCAUACGGAACGUGACCACACGCGCCUUACCUUUCGAACAAAUCAAAUACUCGAUUUUUAAAUUUCGAACUGUGCUUGUGACGCGUUGUGUUAAAAAAAAUAUUAAAGGAUUUUUUUAUCUGUGCUUCGUCGUCUCCCUUACGAUAAUUCCUGAACCAUCGAUAAAC